AUGACCUCAUCUCCGUCGGCUUCCACGUCAAAUGAAUCGGGAAAUAAAAGUGGUCGUCGAAAAUCAUCGAUAAAUCAACUAUGUUGUGUUGUUUGCGGUGAUACAGCUUUCGGGAAACAUUAUGGCGUGAGUGCGUGCAAUGGAUGUAAAGGCUUUUUUCGUCGAUCUGUUUGGAACAAUCGACAGUAUAUUUGCCGUUUCGACGGGAAAUGUGCAAUUGCUAAAGAGCAUCGAAACGUUUGUCGAUCGUGUCGUUUAAAGCAAUGCUUUGUAGCCGGAAUGAAUCCAAGAGCGGUUCAAAGCGAACGUGAAAAGGAUGGAAUCGGCGAGGCACUCGACUAUGAUGAAGAGGAUGGACGCAUCACUCCACCAGAAAUGUGUGACUCUGAGUCGCAAACUGAAGCCUCAGCCGCUUUGUCAAAGUUUGAGCUUUUGCCCACUCCAGAAAUCGAUUAUUCAAGAGGUUCUGCCGAUUUGGUGAAAAUGACUCGAGAUGUUUUGGCGAGAAGCGACCCGUAUCCAUUCAUUUCACCCACUUCAACACAAUCCAACCAAACCGCGUCCAUUUCUUUUGUCAACGCCUUUUUCAAUCCGACUCUUAUCGCUCCAAGGACACCGAUCACCCCAACCGGCUCUCGUCUAGCUACUUUUGUUGAUGUUGUUCAAGAUUGGCGAAGAAAUUUCACUCUUUUCGCUGAUUGGCUUCACGCUUUUCAUGAUUUUAAUGUUCUUACUGUCGCUGAUCAGUUAGAAGUGGCGAAAAAUCGUUUCAAUCCGUUUUAUUGGUGGUUGUGCGGGAAUUGGACGGUUAAAGCUGGGUGUGAAGGAGUUUGCUAUGCAAAUGGAGCCUAUUUCCCACGAGAUAUCCUUAAACAAUGCAUCCCUGACGUAAGAGGUGCUUCUGAAAGAAUGAUGACGUCAUUAGUCGAACCGUUGCAUGAGUUGGAUUUAGAUGAAACCGAGCAAUGCCUCAUGUUGCCGAUUAUCGUUUUCUCGGAAGAAUUGGUACUAUCGUUGGAGGGACGGGAACACGUGAAACAAACCGCGAAUCGUUACGUACGAUUGCUUCAUCAUCAUAUUGGACAAAAGCUGAAAAAGGGCGGGGAAAACAACUCGAAAAUCGCGCUGAGAAUCGCUCGAAUCAUGUUGCUCGUCUCUGCUUUGACGAAUCUUGUCUACCUCACCUCGGACACAAUUCAAUUGCAAGAUGUCCUUCAUAUAAUGAAUUGGGAAUCACAACCGUGGACACAAGAUGUUGUGAGGGCGCCGAGAGCCGAAACUGCUUUAGAUGUGCCCACU